GAUGCUAUAGUACGAAUCCACUACUAUCAUGUAAAGGAGCAGUUCUUGGGAGCACUGCGCACAUCUGACCUUCCUGGAGACUACAACAACAUGAAGGUCUUCCAGGAUUUUUCAGCUCAUACAAUGAGACGGCGCAAAGAAUAUCAACUUUUCACGUCAGAGUUGCUUUGGAGAGGGAUAAG